GAGUUCACAUCCGACAAUGUAAGAUAUACAACCCAAGAUGAUUACCUGGCGUUCGAUCGCGCGCACCUUCCAACGGGUUUGUACAAUCGAGCGGUGGUCUUGAACAAUAUAUUAACCAUCGUGCAGCAUCAUGCGCCCAUCAGAGCGCAAGUACGGCAGUUAAGUCUGCUUGAACACCACUCACACAAACUACUACAAGAAGUGGGAUAUCCGUUCAUGCACUGCAGCCUCGAUGCUAAUAUAAUCCAGUUCAAACUACCAGUCCCACCGGGAUUCCUAGUCACAACCCCAGAGCAAGCUAAGCAUGCUGUCUCCGUGAUAAAUGCACCAUCAAUGAUAAAAGCCCAAGUCCUCGCGGGCGGCCGCGGCAAAGGGAAAUUCAACAGUGACGGCAAAAGUGGCGUCAGACUGGUCGACUCACCAAGCGAAGCUUUCAAAAACGCCACCAACAUGCUCGGAUACUACCUAACAACAGCGCAAACCCCAAAGGAUGGACUCCACGUCGACAAGCUCUACAUCUACCAAGCCGUAUCCAUCGCACAGGAAUUUUACUUCGCAAUGACAUUCGACCGACAGCAUAAUUCACCAGUACUACUGAUAUUCUCGUCGGGCGGAACCGACAUCGAAUCGAACGUAGACAAAAUGCACAAACUCUGGUUCAAACUUUCGACCGGUAUCACCGACGAGAUCGACGCGUAUAUCCAAGCCGAACUUGGAUUCUCGGAUACUGAGAUGAAGGAUAUACACCGGAUUCUGGUGCAGAUGGUGAAGUUGUUCAAGGAGAAAGAUGCGACGCUGCUCGAGUUGAAUCCGCUCGUGCGCACAGAGGAGGGAGAGUUUAUAUGUUUGGACGCUAAGUUUGAGUUUGAUAAUAUGGCGCGAUAUAGACAGCAGGGGAUUUUUGCGUUGGAGGAACGAUCGCCGCAACAGGUGGAAGAACAUCAGCUGGAGGAAUUAGGGCUUUCUUAUGUCCGGCUUGACGGGAAUAUUGGAAAUAUUGUUAAUGGGGCUGGGUUGGCGAUGGCGACCAAUGAUCUUAUUAGUUUUUAUGGAGGGAAAUGUGCUAACUUUUUGGAUGUUGGGGGUGCGGCGACGAAGGAGGCUUUAUCGAAGGCUUUUCGGUUUUUGGAGAAGGAUGAGAGGGUUAAGGGGAUUUUGGUUAAUAUUUAUGGUGGAAUUGUGCGAUGUGAUAUGAUUGCUGAGGCGAUUGUUGCUGCUGCUGCUGAGAUGGGUGGUUUCAAAUGUCCCGUUGUGGUUCGGCUGCGGGGGACUAACUCCGAAGAGGGAUUGAAGCUGAUCGAACAAUCAGGGUUGAAAAACUUGAUUGUGGAAGCCGAGUUUGAGAAAGCUGCUCAGAUGAUCGUGAAGCAAACAUCGGGGGGCUGA